AUCCGCACCUGCACCGAGGCGCAGAGCCUAUUGCUCACAUUCCGGAGGAUCGCAGCGCCGAGACGCGUCCUGGCUUGUCAAACGCGGUCCAGGAUGAUCCUCUUUGCUCUGAUGCUGUUCUUCUCUUCAGGCUCGGGUGCAGCCUCCUCCAUUGUGAACAUGCGUAGGAUCACUCACUCCUCAGUACAGCAGAUGCUCGCGGGCAGAGCUGUCCUUCCAUGUGUCUUCACCCUGCAGACCAGCUCCUCCGGCCAGCCCCCCCACCUCCUGUGGACUCGCACCGGACCACCAGCAGCAGGUCCACGUGCUCAACAGGAGCAGGUUGUGCUCUCUGCAAAAGGUGAUGUAAUCAAGGUGAAUAAGGCUUUCAGUGGCCGCGUCAUGCUGCCAGGAUAUGCUGCCAAUCCUCUGAACGCUACCAUGGAGAUCUCCAGUCUCCGCACCAACGACUCGGGCACUUACCACUGUCAGGUUGUCAUGGGAAACGACUAUGAGAGAGACACCGUCCCCCUGGUGGUCUCGGGUGUGGUGUUUCAUUACCAGGCUCCCAGCGCCCGUUAUGCCCUCUCAUUUAGCGAUGCUCAGACAGCCUGCCAGGAAAACUCGGCUCAGAUCGCCACUGCGGCCCAGCUGUGGGCAGCGUACCAUGACGGCUUCGCCAGCUGUGCAGCCGGCUGGCUGGAGGAUCAGACUGUGCGUUAUUCUGUCCAGUCACCAGAGCUGGGUUGCUAUGGAUACAAGGAGUACUCAUCUGGAGUGAGGAAUUAUGGGAAAAGGGACCCAAAAGAGCUUUUCGAUGUCUACUGUUUAGCAGAAGAACUGGAUGGUGAAGUCUUCCACUCCUCAGUCCCGGGCCGGCUGUCUCUGUCCUCGGCCUCAGACCGCUGCGUGUCCCUGGGGGGCCAGCUGGCCACCGUUGGACAGCUGUAUCUGGCCUGGAGGGCCGGUCUGCACAGCUGUGCCCCGGGCUGGGUGUCUGACGGCAGCGUCCGCUUCCCGGCGACCUGGCCCUGCCCCGACUGUGAAGGCUGCCAGCCGGGGGUCCGCACCGUCACGCCCAACAACACCGCCGACAACCGCACGGCGCUUUACGACGCGUACUGCUACAGAGGUAAAGUGAAGAAUACAGACUCCAUCUCUCAGAUCUACUCCUCCCUGUGGAAGCCCUGGAGCUAUCUGACGGGCUCCAGCGAUGCAGCCUCCACAGAGACACACAGCCCGGAUCCCGAUGCCAAGGCAGGGUCCUCGGGCGGCGAUGACCUUUCACCGUCCAACUGGACUGGAUUGGUUGACAUCGAGGAGGAGGAAAGCGCCUCCCCAGACCCCUGGUCUUCAGAGUCCUCUGGGACUUUUAUGACCCUCCAGUUGAUCCCGGGACAGAGCUCCUUCGACUGGGGGGAUCAGCUGGAGCCCGGUCCGGACUCUGAGGAGUUUCUCCGGCCCCCGGUCCAACCGACUCCUGCCGAGAAGAAGGCGAUCUCUAAGAUUGUUAAGUCGAUUUGGAAACCUUGGAACUACCUGGUGGGAAAUGAGGGUCAGCAGCAAACCCAAACACCAAGUGGAGAGGCAGGGGAAGACGAGAUGGCGACAAAGAAGACGGGCGAGGAGCCGGAUCCAUCCAGCGCGACAUCUCCAGGUUUGUUUUCAUGGGGAGGUUCAUGGUUCACCGGUCUCUCUAAGAAGAACACCACAGCAGCCGGCGAGGCUUCACCCACCCAUCUGGAAUCCACUCCGGCUGCCUCCGUCACUGCAGAGAGCAGCAAGACCUCGGAGAGCUCAGAGACGCAGACGUCCACCACCUUCAGCCCUGCGCCAGAAGCCUCCACUUCUGGGGGGGUCACCUGGAUCCGCAUCGAUCCAGAGACCACCACUCAGCCGAGCGACAGGAGGGAGGAGACGGUGACCUCCAGAGCCAGUGGCAGAGGACGAGGACGGGGGAAGAAGAACCGGGGGGAGGACAGGGGUAGAGGAGAAGACAAGGGAAAAGAGGAGAAGGGGAAAACCGAGGAGGAAGGCAGCGGAGAGAUCGCCGGCGCAGAAGCAAAAGGGGAGAUACAAGUCUCACGUCGACCAGUUGGAACCAGCAAACCGAGAGAAAGGUCCAGAGAAAGAUCCAGAGAGAGGGGUCACAGGAGAGGACAGUCCACCACGACCACCACGGCCACAACCACUGCAAGUCCGCAGGAGCCUACAGGAGCAACGUCAACUGGGACGGACAGCGACUUCUCCACAUCCACAGUUCAGUCCACUGUACCGCCUGCAGGGAGCUCAUCUGUGUUGACCUUACAAGACCAAACCGCAUCCUCAUCUUCAUCCCCGUCUCCGUCAACAUCAGCGUUCGUGGUGUUCUCUCAGUCUGGAUCUGAGUCAGAGUUUCUUCUCCCGUCCUCCUCCUUCACACCCUCUCCUCCUUCCUCUACCCAAACGUCCUUUUCACCCACUUCUGACUCUCCGUCGCUCACUCAGACUGAAGGACUGGGAGAGUCAGCGCCAUCAUCUCACUCAGACAACAAGGACAGCUCCACUGACCCUUCAACCACGCUCCGCUCGCUCCCAGUGGAGAAGGUCAGUGCCAACAGCUCUCUGGAUUAUCCUCCGUCACUGCCGGGCCCCCCGUUCGACGAGGAGCCUGCCUGGUCCCACGCCGUGGGCUCUGGCGCUCUGCUACCUAGCAAUACGGAGGAGUAUAGCAACAGAGGAGGAGCUAACAUCAGUACUACGGCCCUCAGCCUGGCAGCCGAGGCGGAGCCCUGCGUGACAAACCCGUGUCUGCACGGCGGGAAGUGCCUUCCUCAGGGAACGGGCUACAGCUGCUACUGCCCGCAAGGAUACACUGGGGAGAACUGCGAGAUCGACGUUGAUGACUGCCAGUCGGAGCCCUGUGAAAAUGGAGGGACGUGCAUCGACAAGAUCGAUUCAUUCCUCUGCCUUUGCCUGCCCAGCUACGGAGGAGACACGUGUGAGAAAGACAUCGAAGGCUGUGAGCACGGCUGGAGGAAGUUUCACGGUCACUGCUACAGGUAUUUUAGCCACAGACACACCUGGGAGGACGCAGAGAAAGACUGCAGAGAGCACAGCGCCCACCUGAGCAGCAUCACCUCCUCGACAGAGCAGGAGUUCAUCAACGGUCUGGGUCAUGACAACGCCUGGAUCGGUCUGAACGACCGCACGGUGGAGGAGGACUUCCAGUGGACUGACGGCAACGACCUGGUUUAUGAGAACUGGAGGGAGAGCCAGCCGGACAACUUCUUUGCAGGCGGGGAGGACUGCGUGGUGACCAUUGCCCACGAGGACGGCAAGUGGAACGACGUGCCCUGCAACUACAAUCUGCCCUACAUCUGCAGGAAAGGCACAGUGCUGUGCGGCACCCCGCCCGCGGUGGAGAACGCCCACUUGAUAGGUCGCCGGAGAUCACAUUAUGACAUCCACUCGGUGGUGCGCUACCAGUGCUCCGAGGGCUUCUACCAGCGCCACAUCCCCACCGCGCGCUGCCGGGCCGACGGCACCUGGGAGCGGCCCCGGAUCAUCUGCACAAAGUCCCGGCGGUCACACCGGUACCGGCGCCAUCACCACAACCAGCGUCACGAACACCGUGGACACAGGAGACACGGAGGGGAGGGACACAAGGCCAGAGAGGACGCACACAGCUACUACUGAACCAAAUAAUACCACGUCUGCAACGCCUAGGUGCUAACCAUGGCCCGUACAGAAAGACAGUAGUUCACUCCCAGUCACUCCCCUGCUUCUGACCACGCUCUCUGCUUAGCUUUACUCCUCCAGAUAACCAAGGUUUUCUUCUUCUAACAUACAGUUAAUCUCAUUAAAUACGUCAUUGAGUUUUGGGUGUUUUUCAGUGCUUCUCUGUUUUCUCCGCGUCCUUUAACCGAGGUCCGUGUGAAC